ACGUGUAGGAAGACCGGAUGCGAGCAACUGAGAAACCUGUCCCACUCACUUUCCGGAAGUGACAUGACGAGUUCUGCUAUGGAUAUCCUUGGUCUGACUCUCCCGUAUAUCUCCACACAAAAAACCAGACGUCACGGACUUAUAUUGGGGGAGAAGAACAAAACGAAAAAGUGUGGGGUAUUCCCGAACGUCACCGUGACAUUCCGCAUAGUGCGUAAGGUUUCUGGGGCACCGGCAGGUUGAUAUAAAAGCUCACACUCACUAACCACAUCCAAAAUGUCCACCAAGAUCAACAUCCUCGUCACCACGGCUGAGUCCCGUACAGCGGACGCCAUUCUCGCCGAAUUCAACCGCAAGUACCACAACCUUACCGACAUGCACAUGUGCGCGCAAAUCUCGCCCAACGUCGAGACCAAAGAGCGCGAGUACGACAAUGUCAAACUCAUCACCUGCGACCCCGCCGAAGCCUCCUGCGAAGAACUAUGCCAGGCCAUGCAGAACAUGGACACGGUCAUCCUCAUCCCGCCUGCCUCGGAGAACAAGGUUGAGGUCGCUAAGAAGCUCAUGGACUGCGCCAUGAAGUGUAAUGUCAAGAACUGCGUCGUGCUCUCGGACUGUUGCGCUGAGCUGGCUCCGGAUGCCAAGCAGUACCGCAAGUUUGUGGAGAUUGAGAAGUAUAUCAAGGAAAAGUGCGGCAAGGGUAACUGCCACGUCGCUUUCGCCAGAUCCGGCCACUACAUGCAGAAUCUGUUCUUGUACGCCAAGCAAAUGAAAGAGAACGGAUUCCUUGGUUUGCCCAUGGGAAAGGGCAAAUUCGCGCCGGUCGACAACCGUGAUGUGGCUAUUGCGGUCCUCGCUCUUGCUACUAGUGGCAGCGAGAUGUCUGACAAGUUCCGCGACAAGACCUUCCACCUCACCGGCACCGAGGUUGUUAGUGGCGAAGACAUAGUGAAUGCGGCUAAAGAAGCCGGCCUCGACCACAAACUGACCUUCAAGGAUAUUCCCGAAGAAGAGGCUAAAGAAUACCUCAGCCAAAUCCCCCAAAUGGACCCCUCGGAGGUUGAACUUAUCCUCGAAGACUUCCGCCUCGUCCGCGAGGGCAAGCUGCAAAAGGCAACUUCUGACCUCAAAGACCUGAUCGUCGAGAAGCCGACCACUCUCUUCGACUUCUUCAAGGAGUACAAGGGUGAUUUCAUGAACCCCCAGUAAAAACUUGAAAGGUCGAAAGCGUCUCGCAUCUGGCGAUAAGAUUUGCCAUUCUUUAUUUUUGGUUUUCUUGGGGUCAUGCGCCUUUUACGGUUUUCUGGAUGUGAUAUCCGGCAUUUGGUCUUCUUUGCUGUGCCCUCUGUUCAUCGGCGCAGCUGAGUAUAUCCGCUCUCCUCUUUUUGAAAUUUUGGCAACCAUUCUCCGAAAAUAUCAAAUGUAACUUCGCACUG